UGUCGAUGUGAUUCUUUGUGCACGAUGACUAAAUCGCAGGCAGGCAGACUGACGUAACCAGUGCAGGGUCACUCUGAACUCUUCUUUUAGUCUUGCUUUCUCAAUGAAGCAUAUUCAAUAUGGAUUCCUCUAAAGUAUAUUAUAUUACUGUCAUUACUUAGUCUACCACAAUCAAUUAGAUGCCGGGGUUCCGCUUGCGUUGUGCGAGUUGACCAUGGACGCCGAGCGCAGCCCCGAUAACCACACCUCGGGGAUGCAGCCCGAGCAGCAAAGACAAGCAAUUUCCGACACAGCUGCGGUUCCGGAGACGGUGUCAGCCCAAUCGUCCAUAUCCGAGGCCGAAGAAACGUAUGCGCCCAUCCGAACCCAGAAGUCCAACCGAUCAGGCAGCCAAGAGAGGCCACCGCUGGGGCAGACACUCACGGAGGAUUCAUUUAUGCGGGCAAUCUCGCGACGGCGGAGCAGUUCCUCUACGAUCCAUUCGACGAGCGAUACAGCAGACGAUGUGCAGAUCGCGAAGCUUGUUUCGCGCAUGUUUGGUCGAGAGCGCAAGGCCAAUUCCGACGAGGAGAAGACUCGGCACUUGGGUGUUGUCUGGAAGAACCUGACGGUCAAGGGGGUUGGUCUUGGGGCGGCCAUUCAGCCGACGAAUUCGGAUAUCUUUCUUGCGCUGCCUCGGCUUGUGAAGGAUUCUGUCUCGAGGUUGUUGAAGGGGAAUGCUGGAGGCCCUCCUCUGCGGACGAUUAUUGAUGAUUUUACCGGAUGCGUUCGGCCAGGAGAGAUGCUGUUGGUUCUUGGGAGACCGGGCUCUGGGUGCUCGACAUUUUUGAAAACGCUGGGGAACCAACGGUCAGGCUAUAAGAGCAUUGAAGGCGAUGUGCGAUACGGCGGCGCAGAUGCGGAAACCAUGGCUAAGAGAUAUCGCUCAGAGGUUUUGUAUAACCCUGAGGAAGAUCUUCACUACGCUACCCUGACGGUGAGGGACACCCUCCUAUUCGCGCUCAAAACCAGAACCCCAGACAAAGAUUCACGGCUCCCUGGCGAGAGUCGCAAGGAGUAUCAGAACACCUUUCUAUCGGCCAUCGCCAAGCUUUUCUGGAUCGAACACGCCCUCGAUACGAAAGUCGGCAACGAGAUGAUACACGGGAUAUCAGGCGGCGAGAAGAAACGGGUCUCCAUCGGCGAAGCCAUGGUAACCAAGGCUAGCACCCAGUGCUGGGAUAACUCGACCAAGGGUCUCGAUGCGAGCACGGCGCUCGAGUACGUGCAAAGCCUGAGGAGUCUCACGGACACGGCGUAUGCCUCUACCCUCGUUGCGCUCUACCAAGCCUCUGAAAACCUGUACAACAACUUCGACAAAGUCAUCCUUAUCGAAGAGGGAAAAUGUGCAUAUUUCGGUCCCACCCAGGAAGCAAAGGCCUAUUUCGAGCGAUUGGGCUUCGAAUGCCCCCCACGGUGGACAACUCCAGAUUUUCUGACGUCGGUGAGCGACCCUCACGCACGGCGCGUGAAGAGCGGUUGGGAAGACCGCAUUCCUCGCACUGGGAACGACUUCCAGAAGAUCUACCGCUCAAGCGAAACUUACAACGAAACGAUGGCAGACAUCGACGACUUCGAGAAGGAGCUCGCAUGCCAGGAACAGGAGCGAGAGGCUGCGCGAGAAAGCAUGCCCAAGAAGAACUACACUGUUCCGUUUACGCAACAGGUCCUCACGUUAACCCACCGCCAGUUUCUCAUCAUGUACGGUGACAAGCAGACCUUGGUCAUGAAGUGGGCUAUGCUCGUCUUCCAGGCGCUCAUUAUCGGAAGUCUUUUCUACAAUCUGCCUCCUACCAGCUCUGGCGUCUUUACAAGGGGCGGUGUUCUGUUCUUCAUACUUCUGUUUAAUGCUUUGCUUGCUAUGGCGGAGCUUACGUCCUUUUUCGACUGUCGGCCCGUUAUAUUGAAGCAUAAGAGCUUCUCGUUCUAUCGUCCGUCUGCGUUUGCCCUGGCGCAGGUUGCUGUUGAUGUUCCUGUAAUAUUCAUUCAGGUCACAUUAUUCGAGGUGGUUGUAUAUUUCAUGUCAAAUCUUCAGAGAACGGCCUCUCAAUUCUUCAUCAAUUUCCUCAUCAUUUUCAUUCUCACCAUGACUAUGUACUCUUUCUUUCGUUCCAUUGGUGCACUCAGCGGUUCUCUUGAUGCUGCAACGCGCAUUACUGGGGUUGCAAUACAAGCCCUCGUCGUCUAUACUGGUUAUCUCAUCCCACCGUGGAAAAUGCACCCUUGGUUAAAGUGGCUGAUCUGGAUCAACCCCGUCCAAUACGCCUUCGAAGCGGUGAUGGCGAACGAAUUCUACAACCUACAUAUCCAAUGCGAGCCCGCCAAUACUGUGCCUUUUGGUCCUAAUGCCUCCCCGGGCCACCAAACAUGCUCAAUACAAGGGAGCACGCCAGACAGGUUGACUGUCUUGGGCUCCGACUACAUCAAAAACGCCUUCACGUACACUCGGGCCCAUUUGUGGAGAAACUUUGGUAUCAUCAUCGGGUGGUUCAUCUUCUUCGUCGCGCUGACCAUGCUGGGGAUGGAGUUGCGCAAGCCGAACAAAGGCGGAAGUGCAGUCACUAUUUUCAAGAGAGGCGAGGCCCCGGAGGCGGUGCAGGAGGCGUUCAAGCAAAAAGAGCUUCCCAGUGAUGUGGAAAAAGGGAAUCAAACCAACGGCACCCAGUCUGACAUGGAAAAGCAGAGCUCCGAUGAAUCUGGAGAUGCCGUCGAAGGGAUUGCACAAAGCACCUCGAUUUUCACGUGGAAGAACGUGAACUACACCAUCCCUUAUCACGGUGGGCAGAAGCAACUGCUGCAGAAUGUGCAAGGAUAUGUUAAGCCGGGGCGUUUGACUGCCCUAAUGGGUGCAUCCGGUGCAGGGAAGACCACUUUACUCAAUACCCUAGCUCAACGAAUAACCCUAGGCGUCGUAUCUGGUACAUUCCUCGUGGAUGGAAGGCCCUUACCUCGAAGCUUCCAAAGAGCAACCGGCUUCGCAGAGCAAAUGGACAUCCAUGAGCCCACAGCCACCGUGAAGGAAUCACUCCGAUUUUCCGCACUCCUGCGCCAGCCGAAGGAAGUCCCGGUCCGCGAGAAAUACGACUACUGUGAGAAGAUUAUCGACCUGCUGGAAAUGCGGUCAAUAGCUGGAGCGAUAGUAGGGUCGGGAGGCACUGGACUGAACCAGGAGCAGCGAAAGCGAUUGACUAUAGCGGUCGAGCUAGCGAGCAAGCCGGAGCUGCUGCUCUUCCUUGACGAGCCCACCUCAGGGCUCGACUCGCUGGCCGCUUACAACAUCGUGCGGUUUCUUCGGCGAUUGGCGGAUUCGGGACAAGCGAUUCUGUGCACAAUUCACCAGCCUUCCGCCAUCUUAUUCGAGCAAUUCGACGAGUUACUGCUGUUGCAGAACGGCGGGAGAGUCGUCUAUCACGGCGAGCUGGGACAGGACUCGACCAAGCUCCUGGAGUAUUUCGAACGGAAUGGGGGCAAAAGUUGCCCUCCCCAUGCGAAUCCAGCAGAGUACAUGCUGGAUGUUAUCGGCGCCGGAAACCCCGACUACAAGGGCCAGGACUGGAGCGAUGUCUGGGCCAAUUCGCGCGAGUGUCAACAGAUUUCCGAAGACAUUGAUCGCAUCAUCGAGACAAACCGAACAACGGAGGAUAAGGGCACCAAGGACGACAGCAGAGAAUUCGCCAUGUCUCGGUGGGUACAGGUUGUGGAGUGUUCAAAACGAGCCUUUGUGGCCUACUGGCGGACGCCCCAGUAUACGAUUGGCAAAUUCAUGCUCCACAUCUUCACCGGGCUCUUCAACACGUUCACCUUUUGGCACGUAGGAAACAGCUACAUCGACAUGCAGUCUCGACUCUUCUCAAUCUUCAUGACAUUGACCAUCUGCCCGCCUCUCAUCCAACAGCUUCAACCACGAUACCUCCAUUUCCGCAACCUCUACGAAUCCCGCGAGGCAAACUCCAAGAUCUACUCCUGGACAGCAUUCGUAGCGAGCGCUAUCCUCCCCGAGCUCCCCUACUCCAUCGUAGCAGGCUCCAUCUACUUCAACUGCUGGUACUGGGGCCUCUGGCUCCCGCGCGACUCCUUCAGCGCAGGCUACGUCUGGAUGCUCCUCAUGCUCUUCGAGCUCUUCUACAUCGGCUUCGGGCAAUUCAUCGCCGCGCUCUCCCCCAACGAGCUCUUCGCGUCGCUCCUCGUCCCGACAUUCUUCACCUUCGUCGUCUCCUUCUGCGGCAUCGUCGUGCCCUACGUGGCCCUCGUCCACUUCUGGCGCUCCUGGAUGUACUGGCUCACCCCGUUCACGUACCUGCUGGAAGGCUUGCUCAGCGUUGUGAUCCACGACGUGCCUAUCCGCUGUAUCGACAGGGAAGAGAGCAGGUUUUCGCCGCCGCCGGGACAGUCAUGUCAGGAGUACGCGGGUCCGUUUACCCGGAAGAUGGGUGGGUAUGUGCGUGAUGCUGGGGAUGGGAUGUGUGCGUUUUGUCAGUACUCGACUGGGGAUGAGUUUGGCGCCAGCUUCAACGUAUACUACUCCCAUAAAUGGCGCGACUACGGAAUCUUCUGGGCCUACGUGAUCUUCAAUUUCGCCGCCGUGUUCGCCCUCUCGUGGUUUUAUCUCCACGGGUUCAAAGAUUUGAAGCGCUGGCUUGGUGCCCGGAGAACGAAGAAGACUGGGGCUGGUGAGUCGCAAUGAGGUGACUUUUUAACUUUUACAUACAGCAUUUGCAUACUGUACAUCGCGUCUAUUCGAGACUGGAUCCCUGGAGUCUAGGUUACAGAUAAGAAUUUACUUGUGUUUGUGCAUAUAGUGAUCAUACAUCUCAUUAAGGAUGUUGUUAACAUACGCAAGUGGUAAUUGAUACAAGUCAAACACAGCGAAGAUUCGAUUUCCGACAGUUAUAUACAUGAGUGUUUUUUUUUUUUUUCUUU